AUGAAAAGCGCGGGGCUGCUGCUCGGCUACUUUCUGAUGAAAGUUCUGGUGUGCGACGCGGGCGGAGAGCCCGGUAAGAGUCCGGACGGUCCGCUCAUGGCUUCGGGCUCCAACGAGUCCAGGGACGGGAGGAACGGAGCGCCCGACGAGCCGCACAUUGAGGACAGGUGCCGCGGCUAUUACGACGUGAUGGGUCAGUGGGACCCGCCGUUCGUGUGCCGCACAGGCAGCUACGUGUACUGCUGCGGCACCUGUGGCUUCCGCUUCUGCUGCGAAUUCAAAACCUCGCGGCUCGACCAGACCACCUGCAAGAACUACGACACCCCGCCGUGGUCCAUGACGGGCAGACCGCCGCCCAAAAAGAACGACCCCACGCACGACCCCACCAAGGAUAAAACCAACAUGAUCGUCUAUGUCAUAUGUGGAGUAGUCGCUAUCAUGGCCCUGGUUGGAAUUUUCACCAAACUCGGGCUGGAGAAGGCGCAUCGACCUCACAGGGAAAACAUGUCCAGAGCACUGGCGCAGGUGAUGCGGCAGACGGCUCCGGGAGAGCUCCUGGAGCGCGAGGAGAGUCUGGCUGUGCAUGGACAGCCCUACGAGAGCAUGCAGGCCAGGACCACAGCUAACAACAUGCAGGGCGCCCAGAUGAACAAUGUUGGUCCAGGAUCAGCUCUGAUGCAGGCUAUGACACAGUACCCCCAACUGGGACAGGUGUCCCAUGCCUAUGAGCAGCCACAGCCUGGCAAGGAGCUCAACAAGUAUGCCUCACUGAAAGCUGUGGCGGAGAAAGCAAAUGAGAACUUCUACGCAAACCGGAGGCACAUGGCAGAGUUGACGGCCAAAGGCACGCUUCCUCUGCAGCCGGUACGGCUGGAGCCAGAGCCGACCAACCCGUACAGCCCUGAGAUGCCGUGCCAAAAGCAGAACGGACACAGAGCCAAGAGCACCAAGGUGCACAGCUCACACCCACUGCCCUACAGUUCCAACACCAUCGCCACGACGGGCAUGCUAAAGGGCUGGGAGGCCUCAGAGACACUGGGCCGCCGCCACACAUACGGCCCCAAGAGGCACAGUGCACUGGUGGAGCAAGUCAACGAAUUAGCCUCCUCCCAGAGCCAGCACUACCUGCCCCCACACCCCUACUAUGUCACCAACAGCAAGACAGAGGUGACCGUGUGAGGGGCCCUGAUGGAGCCAGCUGACCCCUAGCCAGAGUAGAGGAUUUGUAAGAGAGAGAGAGGGAUUUGAGAGCAAAGAGGAGCAAAAAAGAAGAGGCGUGUCAAAGCCCUGCAUUGGCAGAGGUACAUUCAGCCAUCUGCAUGGCCCCGUGCGUGUAGGGUGUCUGUGUGCUUUUAUUCCCUUUCGUCCAAGAACAGUUGUGCACGGAAGAGGAUGGCACUGGACUUCUGCCUCAUUCGGGGGGGGGGCAACCAUUAUUUUGUUUAACGGUACUCUCUCUGUCCAUUACUUUAAUCUCUGCAUUAUAAUGCAAUUUAACAAUAUGACCUAUAGUAAUGAGCUUAUGACACAAAAAUGAGCAUAGUAGAGGCUGUCCAGCAGGGAGCAAGUGUUCCAAAUGAAGACAUUCAAAUGCCAGAUAUUCAAUGCAAUUAGGUUCUUCAGCAGCUGCAAUGUUACCAGUGGUCCUCUGUGCAGCAAGUCUAUGAAUACUGUAAUUCGGACUACGCAAUUGUGGAGCAUGUGGUCAAGAGCCCAUAGUCAAAUGUGAAAAGUUUUGAGAACACCAAAUGGAUGAUUUUGGACAUGACGAAGCCAUGUUAAUGGCGAUAUAGGUCUCCAGACAAACUGCAUCAAAACCUCUCUGUAGUGAAGCAGCACAUUCUAAUCUGACGAAACUCUGGGCCUGUGCCUUUCCAUGAAACCUGGCAUCUAAGCGCUUUGCGCUUUUUAAAAAAGCACAUACGGUGUUUCCUAAAGAACAAAGAUGACAAUAUAUGCUCACCUGUUGUUUACUGCUGUCACAUUUCAAUAGAACUUGUUGAUGCCUAGUGCUCUGAAACACAUUUGUUACUUUUUGCUCUUCAUUACUGUAACUCACUAGCUUCUGAUGUGAUUGUCAUCUAUUUUUGUACCUGCAAGCUCAAAGAUAAUAGACUGUAGGGCUCCCCGAAAAUAAAUGAAACAUGCUGUAUGUUUUUGUUCCUUUUUUUGUUUAUUGUUAUUGUUGGAAUUUUUAAGAGUAUAGUGGUAAUGCCAUUACAGUUAGUGAAGAUUGUAGCCCAGAUUUGAUAAGCCCAAACGAACAAUGGAGACUUCAUUACUUCCUACCAUUUGGUGUUUUAGAGCCCCAUAAUAUCAAAAUGUAUUUCAAUCAGAUAUACCCUGACAAUAGACCACCCGUAUGUACUGCACUGGAAUUGUUAUGUGCUGUAAAUGAAGUCACUGGACAUAUUAGGCCAUGGGCUCUGCACUAAAUCCAUCUAAGAUUCAUGUUUCUUUACAUAAUUCUUCCAGCAGCACAGUGUCUCUUGUCUACUUGUGAGCCUCUUAUUUGUAGUGAAGGAGUGCUCAGUGGUAUUGAAUAGGGUUGAAACACUGAUCUGGUGACACUUAUUACUAGAGAACAAGGGCCAACCUGUGUUCUCUAAACUGCUCUCUAAGUUACACCAUAUUUGUUUAGGUCACGCCAGUAUUUGUACGUGAUCCUGUUAGGUUUAUAAUCCACAUUCUCUGUUCUUACUGCUCUACAUAGAUAAGGCCUUUACAGUGUUCAUCAGAGAAUCCAGCAAGGCUUUCCCAAAUCAUGUUUGUUCUUGCUUUUAACAAAAUAAACAUAUUAAUACACAUUAAUACAGCCAUUAAGUACAAUUUAUUCAUUUUUAGUAUCUACAAGAAAAACACAAAAUCUAUAUUUAACAGAAAUUUACACAGUUGCUUCUACAACUAAAUAUGAUAUUAGUAUUUAGUGUUCACGCUUUCUUUCCUUCUUUCUUUCUUUGGGAGAAAGAAUGAAGAACUCUGCAGGGAUAUUUUUCCUCACCUUGCAUUUUCUGUUUUUCACGAUCGAAGUAAACACAUAAUUCACGCAUGUUGACGUCUGGACACUGAAGUGGUCAGUUCAUUGCUCUGAGAACAACAGCAGCUUCUUUGUUUGAUUUGCAAAGAUGUUCUCCAAGAGAUGUUCUCUUUCUCUGAGUAACUGCUUCUUGACAGCUACACAUCCUUUCAGACUCAUAGAGUGGUGUUGUCUUCUCACAGUGGAAGGAUGGACAUGAAUACCUGUGGAUGUUUUCAGAGCUGAAGCAAGAGUGGAGCUUCAUUUUCUCCUCUCUCUCAAAGAUGAAGCUUUAGGUUCUGGUUAUCUGAUGGAGACCGUUUUUGAGGUCUUCUAGGUCUUGUGUGUUUUUUCUCCUUCCUUUAUCGUAUAAUUAAUCUCCUUUCAGAAUCUUCUGAAAAAUGGCUCACUUGUACUUAAUGGCUGUUUAGUUAAGUAAAAGGAGUGCAAUCUGUGAGUUCUGCACAGUUCUCCGAGUAUUUUAUAUAUGAUUCGGAAAUAAUUGAAAUUCUUCUUUAUCGGAAGAUGAACAAGCAUUAAAAAUAAGGAAUUAAUGUCAUUACGUCAACUUAAAUUUGUACUUAUAUGUCUGAAUGACUGACUUGCGUUAUUCCAAGAGUUGAACUACUGCAUGACAUCAAUGAAUGAAUGAACAUCAACAUGCACACUUACGCAUUGGUCUUCAAAUGGUGAGAUUGCGCACAUCUCCAGAAACAUGAAGGAGCUGUGGAAUUGUGAAAGAUUCGUUGUAUUUUUCCUUGAGGAAGUUACUCAUUACGUAGUGUACCAGCUCCAUGCGAUGAUGAACUCCACACACUAAUGUUCUUUCCCAUGCUAAAUAAAGCACCACUGAUGCGAUUUGCCAUGUGUUGCGCUGAGCCCCCUGCCAAAUGAUGCAAGGCUUGCCGACACUUUAACUGCAUGUCUUCAUCAUGCCACUCAAGCCCCAGCUCUGUGCGUCACCACCACACUCCUGCAACAAAGUAGCACUUAAAGCUGAAAUAAUGGCUGCUGGUUUGACAUCCACUCAGUCCACUUAACGUUUAUUAAGAUGUUCCACUGUUGGUGACCUAAUGACUCACAGUACACCUUAGAGUCAUUCAAGUAUAGGAACAUUUCUCUGAAUGAAAAAUUACUUCAGCUUCAUGGCUUUUUUGUAUGGUUCCUAUUCCCGGGUUUAGAGGAAUAUAAUGAAAAGGCUUCUUCCACUCUUAUUUAUACUGAGUUCAAACAGCUAUUCUCAAUAAAUGCAGAAAACUUUUUUUUCUAACAGGUUGAGGUCAGUUAGAUGAAAGGUAAGAGCCCCUUUAACAUAGUUUCACAGUGUUAAGCUGCUCAUUGCUUACUUUCUCUUUUAUUUCUGUGUUUUACUGAUUUGCCAUUUAUUAGCGUUCAUCAAACAGUGACAACCAAGAAGAGCCAGUGCAAGUGGAAUAACAAACUAUGUUAAAUAAGACACAUUACUAUGUCAUUUCUUUUUCCAGAGGAUGACACCAUGAUUUUUCAUAGAAUGGGCUACAACAUUAUCAAUGCAUUAUGCCAUUUUGCAAAAGGGCUGAUAUCAAUAGAGAAACACUAGAACUGUGACCCAUUUUUUCAAGUAAUUAAAGUGCAUUUAAAGCAUGUUUGGAAGAUGAGGGGCUUGCACAGUAAAUGGCUGUGUAUUUCAUGGUUACAGUCUUGGCAAUUAUGUUAUGUUACAUUUUGUGGGUUGCCACUAUCUUCUGUAAAAUGCGCCAGCCCCUUAGUUUACUCAAGAAAAACAAUAGCUCCAGUCUUUGGUACAGCUGUUGGCUUGUUACAUUAUUUCAUUGAUUUUUUUAACAAAGUCACUUUGCAAAAUGUGAUACCUCAAGAACAAAAUGUAGGAAACCUUUUUUUUUUUUUUUACAUUCUGGAUAUGUGACCCAUGACAUACAGUACUGAUAACAUAUUUCCAUAUGGUAUACUCUGAAAACAAUGCCGAAAUAGUGAUACAGUAACUAGAUAUUCCUUAAGUAGCUUAGUAGUUGCUGAACAGAGUAAGUUGUCAAGUUUAGUUGUCUGUUUUGUAAUUGACAUAUCAAAAGUGAAAUCCAAUUAUGCAUUGAGAACAAUCAUAACAAUAGGCAUAUUCGAACCAAGCGCUGGAACUAGCUAUAACAUGAGUGUAAUCUAAUGAAGGAUUAUUUGUGGUCAGUGUCUUUUGCAGAAAUGUACAUCCAUUCGAUAUUCAAUAAAUCACACGCCUAUAUGGACCUAAAUGUGUUCUUGAUAGAGACACUAUAACACUAUGGGCAAACCAGAGAACCAUGGGAUUCCUUAUCUCAUCCCACUGCCUGUGGAUAAAGAUCUUCUGUACUGGAUGACAGCCUUUUUUUAAGAUAAUGUAUGUAACAUUUCUAUGUGCAAGUUGCAAAAUGAAGCACUGUUGUAUUGUUCAUGUCACAAUACUUCUUUACAAUAAAUGUCUUCUCAAACUUU